CAAGCAGGCGCCAUUUAAUGAAGGAAAUCAAACCGCGCAAAACCAAAUAAUGGCGGCGCAGUGGCAGGCUCAACAGCCGUCAGGAUGGGACCCCCUGCAGGAAGAUCCGCGCGCGGUUCCCUACUUCGAGGCGUACCCGGCUGCGCCCACGCCCGGCGCAUACUACCUCGCUGCGGCGACGCCUGGGACGCCCGGGACACCGGGGACACCCGGGACACCCUGGAUGCCCGGGACUCCGGCGGCAGACGAAUAUCAGAAGAAGCGUUUGGACGACCACGGCGCUGGCUCGUGGUCCCUGCUCCUGCUGCGCGUGUGCGCCAUAGGGAUCGUGCUGUCAGUGUGUGGCCUGAUUGCCUUCGUCAUGUUGGGCGGCGGCAGCUUGAUGAAAGACAGUGACGCUGAUACCACUACCGCCGCCGCCCCCGCCGCCGCCGCCGCCGCCACCAAAAGCGCGAGCACCACCAAAAUCGCCACCACCACCUCCUCAAGACCCAAGUAUUCUGCGACAAAGAUAAGGCACCGUACAACUGAAAGGACCGAACCGAGCACCCAAACGACGGAGGAUUCACGGGAAAUCUACCAGGAAGAACCGAUCAUCGUCAGGGGGAAUAUGACUCUGUCUUUCGCUGGUAACAAGAGGAAGCUGUACCUGGGCAAAGUAUCUGUGCCGGCGUAUGGCCGCCGCCUUCGAGACUCGCGCCGGCUGUGA